AUGGCGUUCAGAAUUAUCGUCCUUACUUGCUUUUUGGCUUACGCCAGAGCCGCGAUCGGGGCGUCACAUCAAAGCGUUGAAAGAUCCCUCGGAGGAGCCCAAUCGAUUUCUCAUUACUCGAAAGCCGUCGACAGCGCUUUUUCCAGCGUAAGGAAAUACGACACCAGAAUUACAAACGACGCUUUGACUCUAGGUAUCGCUCACGCACCGAUCGCAACAUACCAGGCUCCACUUGUUACCAAAGCAGUAGCCCCGGCUCUAGCGUAUUCCGCAGCACCAGCUGUGAGCAGUUCCUACCUCCACCGAGCUCAACCGAUUGCCCUUGCUGCUCCUCAACCAUUGAACUAUGCUCCAUCGGCCACAGUAGUUACCAAGGCGGUAGCUACACCUCUGAUUCAAUCCUACCACGCUCCAAUUGUAACCAAAACAGUAGCUCCUGUAGUUAGAUCUUUCGCCCCUUCGCUGCUUCAAUCUUAUAGUAGCCCAUUGGUAACCAAGGCCGUAGCUGAACCUUUAACCGUAUCUGCCGGACCUGUGGUCACCAAAGCCGCCGUAGCUUAUUCUCCCGCCACAGUUGUAGCUCACACCACCUUCACUGGAUUGGGAACCGCUUACGAAUGGUAG